AGCUGUUGUGGCUCACAACCGUCCACUUCUGUCCGCCCUUAAAGCUUGCUUGCGGACGGUUGCGGACCUAGCAAGGAGCUACGUCUUCCACUGACGUGGAAUGCGCCGACAAAGGCUGAAUAAUGGGUGGACUGCCCAGUCGUUUUGUACCUAGUUACAAAGGCAUUGAAAAGCAGAGCCACUUUGCUCUGCAACAGGAUGGUGUGCCUUUCGAAAGAAACAUUGAGCCCUUCGAGGUAGAGUUGAAUCGUUCGCAGCUUGAGGCAUGGGGGCUUGCAUGGAACCUUGCUCGGGCUGGGAGUUUUCAAGUGGCUGGCGUGGACCCAUGCUCACCCGCUGGCAGAUGGAACCAACAGCAGCAGGCUUUUGGUCGUUGUGGUAUUUGUCGAGGAGAUGAGCUUUUCGAAGUCAACGACUCCUCAGACUAUAGCACGAUGAGUCAAGAGCUGGCAGUCUCACGGACUGUUCGCCUACUGUUUCGACCAGGGUCCAAUGUGCGCACAAAGGCAUCCAAUUUGAAGCACUUGGUCAAGAAUGCCUUUCUUCACAUUGAUACCACAGAUCCUGAACCAGACCCAACCGACCAACCCGAUGAGCCUCGAAGGCUGUCUCUUUCAGAUCCUCUUCCUUUUGUUCGUCCGAGCCAGGUAGAUGAGGCAGAUGAAGAUGCUUUGAGUGAUGCAAGUGAGGCAUCUUUCUACUCGAUGAAGUCAUCUUCAUCCUCCCUAUCAUCGUCGUCUCAAUGCUCGCAGCACCAGCCAUCUAGUGGCAGGUCUUGUCCGUCCACAGACUGGGAGUUCCAAGGCUACCAGUGUCACAAUGGACAAAUGCUGCCACCUUUUUCACGCUCCGUUUCCAGUGGGCAUGUGUCAACAUCAUCAUCUGGACGAGGAAAGCGCCGCAGACGAGCCAGCGCAGCGAAUGUUGUGCCGCCAGCUCCAAUGCCGUCAUGCCAAGUGCCAAAUCAACUUCCCAAUGCAUUGGUGCCGAAUCAAGUUCCAAAUCAAAUGCCGUUUCCUCCAACUAUGGUGCCUGUGAUGGUCCCAGUUGUGGGCGCACCUCCCUUCUUAGCGAUGGCGGCACCUGCUUUGGGGCCUUUGGUAUCUCCUCUAGUGCCUGCAAGCGUUGGUGUUGCAGUACCGUUUCCGAGUUGCAAGCAGCCGGACAUGCCAAUGGGACCACCAAUGCCGACUCAAGAGGUAGAGACAACAGUAUCUCAGCCAUGUUGGGCAGCGCAAAAUCUUUGUGCUCCAAAUAGCUCACGCUUUGAGCAAUCGUGUGAUCACCAAGACGGGGCAGGUUGUUCUCGAGCUCCAGAGCCAGCACAGCUAGAGCCUGCUGCACCUUCUUUUGCGACCUUUGAGGAAACUGACACUCAGAAAGAGAUAGUUGAGGAGACCUCAGUGUUGAAGGAUCAGAAAAGUGCAGAGGGUGCGCCUGUGAAGCCGCGGAAGAGGCCCACUCGUCGUGGGGGAAAACGGGCAAGGCAUCGGCCUUGCCAUGCUGCCGAAUGGGCUUCCAGCGUUGGGAGUGCUGAGACUCCCAGCUUCGGGGAGCCUGGUUCAGGAGAAGAAGCUGAAGGAGAGGAAGCCGAAGAAGGUGAAGAUGAGAAGGAAGAGCUCAAGGAGGAGCUCCGAGACGCUAGUGCGCCACGAUCUUUCGAGAAAAAGGAUUUGAAGCGGAGAUCUUUCUAUCCCUUGGCGGCACGUUUGCGCCUUGCCGCUGGCCUCAAGCCAAAAGGCUUGGAAGAAUCCAAAACCGCAUUUGGCUCGGCAAAGAUCUUUUCAAAUCACAUCCAGCCCAAGGCUGACGUCUCAAAAGACGGGUCUGUGCUACCGGGACCAAAAGUACCACCUGUAUCAACGCUCCCGAAUCCAAUAGAAGUGAUAGAGGAAGUGGAGCCUGAACCGGCUUCAGCCUCAGAUGUCUCUGAUCUUCCUAAACAAGAACCUGCUGAAGAGUUGGCAGCAGGCACGAUUCCAGAGCCGCUUGCUCCACAUCGGGUGAUUGAUUUGCCUUCAGACCAGGUGGUGGGUCGACGAGUGCAGAUCAUUGGCCUGACGAAGACUCUGGAAUUCAAUGACCUUUGGGGAAAGGUGGAACACUUUGAUAGCAGCUGUAAACGCUUUGCCGUUCAGCUCCUCCCUGCAGAAGGCGUUCCCAUGACUGUGAAGCUGCGUGGAGAAAAUCUGCGCAUGCCACCUGUGCUCUCACUUUCUUUCAAAGACGCAAGCGGUAAGCAGGCAAAUGCCUGGCAGCCAAACCUGCGAGCUGUGAGGCUUCGAUUGCACUGAGAUUCAUAAGAGAGGCACCCACACCCUUCCCUCAACUUAUUCGUGGUUAUACUUGUUCCGCUGAUUUAGGUCAUGUUGCCCAGUCCAUACUUGAGAGCUUAGGAAUGCUGAAUGCUGAGCUGCAGUUGGUUAGCCGCUUUUCGCUGCCAAGAGAAGUCAAUCUUGAUUGGAGGA